CUGUCAGCAACACUCUGCCUGACUCCACCACUCUUCCUCUCUGUGGAUAUCUGAACUUCUUUCUCUCGGGCAGGACAGUCAUAGUCAGUUUCCUGACUGUGACUUGUCUUAACCAGAACCAGCUCUGAAGGACUAAUGAACAUGAAUAGUUCUGGGUAAAUAUUAUAUCAUGAAAUAUCAAUUUGAAGCUCAAUUGGGACAACAAGAAAAACAAAUCUGGACUAAAAACCUGGAUUACACCUGGUCCACGACUCUGACAACUUCAGCCAAGACCAGGAUGUCUCAGAAGUCUCAACAUGGACCUAUGAUUGGAAGCGGUUCCAUCUGUUCCUUUUGAAUCAUCAAAUAUAGAAUUUGAUCCGGGAACAGAAACAGACUAACGUUAAAACCUUCAGAUUGAAAAGAAAAAAAUGAUGAGCAGCAGAGGAGAAGGAGGAAGAAGAGGGAGUGAGGUCUUCGUCAGCGCUCAGCGCUUCCCUGAGGUUGUUCUGCAGCAUCAUCAUAAUUCAGGACUUUCUGCUGAGUUCACCUGUACUCGUCCGUCAGAGGCCGAUUACCUGGACGUCUCCUCUCACGUUCACUCUGAGGAGGAAGAGUGUAUCAGUGACUGGUCAGAGGAAGAUCUCUCGCUCUAUUUCUCUCCCUCUGUCAUCCUCCCAUCAGACGAUGAAGACUCAGGUCCAGAGAGCAGGUCCAGGUGCGUCGAUGUCGCCAUGGAAACACAGACGACAGGUCAGGGAGGGGGGGGGCUUAAGAUGGUUCCUAAACGACAGAUUCACCUGAAAAAGAAAAACAAGACCAAGGAAAUGAAUGACAAGGUGAUACUGAAGAAUGAACCUUCUGAAGGGGGCGCAGCGAACAGAGAUGUGUCAACCAAUGAGCUGCUCUGUCCAACUGUCCAUCAUCGCCCUGAUCUGUUGCUACGACAACACAGCAUGCCCACUUCCUUCUACACGCGUUCAAUGACCAGUGGUGAUGUGGACAGCUGUGGUGAUGUGGACAGCUGUGGGGUCUACAGGGGCCUGGUUGCAGGAGCCAGUCCAGGGUUGCUGAUUGAAGGACAAUCAGUGGUGCAGAGACGUUUGCAAAAAUCAAUCUCUCUGGAUGAAACAAAAACAAAGAUGGCGUCAUGCAUCAUCAAGACGGUCCUCUCCAAGAAGAUGCAAGUCGAGAAGAUCAACACAAAGACAUCGUGUCUGAAGAAGAAACUCCCAUCACAGUGGGGCGGACUGGAGGCGGGGCCAGGUGUGUUUAAAGCUCCGGUUCAUUUGGUGAGAGACGUCAGAAGUUUGGUUAAAAACACAUUCAGCCUCUCGUUCUCUACGGCAACGACACCUGACAAACUCAAGCCAGAAAAAUCGAAGGUGGUUGGUCAGGAGGACAGCCCACCCCCCACCUACCAACAGGAAGUAGGGGUCAAAGGUCACUCCACCAGAGGACAUGUCUCCAAUGUCAGUGCAUCUUUCAGCCAAUCCCGUGACAGAAAACAGUACAAUCCAUUGAGUCAACCAAUCACACAUCAGAGACAAGGAAGCGAGCCAAUAGUAAGCAGGAGGAAAGAUGAUUUCAUGUUUUUAGACCCACCCCCAUCCACCUCUGCAACCAUCAUCCAAUCAGAAAGAGCUGAAGGUGCAGGUCAUCAGGCAGGAUCCUCCCUCCCCUUCUCUGCCCCUCCUUCCCCCUCCUCCUCCAGACACCCCCAGGUAGACCAGCAGGAACAGCGCCACCCCCAAGGUGUGUCUUCUCACUCUGUCCCUGCCCCCCUCCAGCGGCUCCAAACCUGUUUCUGCACCCCCUCUCAACAUCCUCAGCUGAGGAAGGUGAGCUACAUCCCCAACCCCCUCAACUCCGUCCAGAAUCCCUACCUCCACCAGAGCAGGUCACCUAGAGACACCCCGGACCAGACCAUGAAGACCUGCCCCUCCCCAGUGACCAGGAGGACAGCAGACCACGAGGUCAGUGCUGUGACCCCGCCCACAUUGAAGAAUAAGCUGCAGCAGCCUUUUCUCUGCAGUUUCUUACCUGCACAGGUGAGUAAUGACUUCCUCAAUGACAUCACAGGUUCUGCUGUGACACCUGGAGCUGUCUUCAGUGGCCCCGCCCCAUGUCACGUGAUGUUAGAGCCAAUUGGGCGGUACUGCUAUGUGGACACACACCCGCAGUUGGAUCCAGAAACUGGACAGUUCAUUCAGGUUUUCCUACCAAGAGCAAGCCCCGCCCCCAUGUAUUGUUUCAACCCCGCCCCCACCAGGAUAAACCCCACCCCCACCAUUCUACAGACAAGCAGUGUCAAUGGCGCUGUCCUCUCAGUGAUGAGGUUCCAGCCGACCUUGUACGCCGCCCCCUGCUUCCCCGUCCCCCUGCACACACACACGUCCCCAUGAUAUCUAUCUAUUUACAUAGUUAGAUAGAUAGACGUACCUGUAACAUAUAAGACAGUAUAGAUUAUUUAUUACAAUAUAUAUAAAAGCAAACAAACAUUAUCUCAAGGCACUUCACACAGUGAGUUCACAAUGAUUUUAUUUUACCUCACAUUUUUCUUUGUUUGUUGAUUUGAUGAUUGAUUGUUUGUUUGAUAAUUGAUCGAUGAUACAACCAGUACUGAAGUGACGAGCAGAUGAAGUGAAAUAACCUUAUGUUAUUUUCUCUCAUGUUAUUGUGAAUAUUCAACAUAUUGUUAUAAAAAUCAACAGGAAUAAAUUCAACAGCUUCACGUUUGUUUCUCAGACAAAACAGUGUUGUCAUGAUGUUAAAAAUCACAUAAGGGUUAAGGUUAGGGUUAGGGUCAUCAACAGUUAGUUGAUGAAGUGAAGACUCACAGUUUAGCUUAACCCGGGUUAAACCGAACUCAGUAACAAUUGACCCAAACACACAUUUGUUUAAGGGCGAGUGUUAGUUUGAGUUAAACCCGGAUUAACCCUGUGAUAAGCUAGCACUGACAACAAAUACGAAGAAAUUAUGGAGACAAAUGAUAAUUUAGUUGUUGUUAUAAUUCUUGGGAUAUUUAAUCAUAUGUUUUCCCAUGAGGUAAAAUACAUUCACAUCAAUAUUAUACAGUCAAUCAACAGUUAAA